AGCACACCACUUAAGGUCAAUCUUUAUAUUUGGUUUUACAAGCUUUGAUUGAAGGGUGUUGAAGUGGAAAGCCUAUGUAUGCGAUUUGUGGUAAGAUCAUCAUUAUCCAUAAAGGAAGAUACAUGUUCCCAUCAAAAACCAAAAACUAAACUAAAACAAAAAAUAAAGAUAAUUAAUCACACCAAAUUAAAUAUCAAAUUCUGCAUAAUUCACCCCCAAAACUUGUCUAUGGUCCCACGUACCAGGUCGAUAUAUCGACUGAAUGAGGAUAUACCCAAACCAAAAAAAUAAAAAUAAAAACAGAGAAAGAUCAGAGGAUACAAAGUCAACUUAUAACUGAAAUGAAAAUCUGUACGUAUAAUUGUUCUGCUCUUGUACUUCAAUUUCUAUAAACUCGAUCUGUCUCUAAUUUGCCUAGGUAGAUAAGUUUACUAAAGGCAUGCAAAACCUCAAAUUUCUCUGAAGACGACUGGAAGUUGAAGCAUGGAACUCAUAGACAGUCUUUGUGAGUUGGAGAAUCUAAGCGCCAAUCAUCAUGAAAUCAUGGCUCUCUCCAAUGGCAUGAGUUUUAGCGAUCAUCAGCGACAAACUAACCAUCUCCCUCUGAACUUCAUUCAUGAUAAUAUAAUUCAAAGCUUUUCCCAUUCUGAUGAUCCAAAUCACGAUGUCUUAGUUGCUCAUUCCACAUCUCUGACUGGAGAUUUUGCCCAAGAAAGCGAAAAGGGAAAGCCCUUAGGAGGAAGAAAGAGAAAGAGAAACAAGAUUGACAAAGAUGGGGAGAAACUAAAAGAAGUCAUCCAUGUGAGAGCUAAGAGAGGCCAAGCUACUGAUAGCCACAGUUUGGCAGAAAGGGUAAGAAGAGAGAAGAUAAAUGAGAGGCUGAGAUGCCUGCAAAAUCUUGUCCCGGGAUGCUACAAGACUAUGGGAAUGGCAGUAAUGCUGGAUGUGGUUAUCAGUUACGUUCAGUCACUGCAGAAUCAAAUUGAGUUUCUCUCUAUGAAGCUUUCUGCAGCAAGCGUGUAUUACGAUUUCAAUGCACCAGGUGUGGAUGCUCUGGACACAAUGCAGCAACUGGGGACAAAUAAUGCAUAUGGGGAGGUACAAGAAGAGAUGGUAAGAUCAGGAGGGUAUGGAGGAGGGCUUUCUAAUUACAACAACAACAACUCAACAUGGCCUAUUUGAGUUUAUGAGAGACUUCAAUCUUCACAUCCCAUGCUCCUAUCCUAUAGGGCUAUAGCCACAAUCAAACACAAGAUCAAUGCCAUCUCUCAUCUUCUCCUCAUCCCUUUAUAAUAAAAUACUCUCUUCUCUUUUCUUGCGCAUACUUUGCUUGCAUAGGAUUCUUAUACUAUUAUUGUAUUAUAAUUAAUUAAUUAUAGCUGCAGUAAUAUUAACAGAGGAUUGUAUUUCUACUGCUGUAACUUGUAUGUAUCAGUAGUAUCACCAUUACUAAUUAAUGAUCAUCAAAAGGUUGAGCUGCA